AUGCCAGCAACGUACGAUUCACGAAUCGACGGGAGCAAUGGCAGAGACCUUCACUUCGAUAAUGCUUCUCCGACUGGUCUCCUCAGAGGACGUACCUUCGAAGCGGCGUUCGCGAACCUCUCCGUCGACCACCCACAGCGCCGAGCUCAGUGGCAGAGCUCGCUUGGCUGGGACGACGUGCCGAACGUCAAUGAGUCGCGCCGACACUCUUUGGCCGACAUACCUACGCGCCGCGGAUCACUCGCGGCGGGCGAGCCUAGCAUGCUCAGCAGGACCUACACUCACGAAGCGCUCGAGAGUGAAUCGCCCACAAGCAUGCUUCCACCUCACAAAGAGAACGACACACCACACUACAACAUUGCUUUGCCUCGCCGCGUCCUACCAUCGUGCACAAACAUACAGAACAUCGAUCGGACAACUGACAAGAUGAAUCGAUUAGAUUUGAAGGGUUUCGGCUCUGACCGCGCCAUCGAUACAAAUAGCGACCAUGCCGGCACCAUGACACGCGCUCAAGACUCUGCCGCCGCACUCGACAUCCCUAUGAUGUACCGUGUGCCCUACGUUGAGCUCAAAGAGCACGAGCGCCGCGAAAUAGAAGCACGCCGCGACCAACAGCCAUCCACCGCGCCCCCCGUCAACUGGGGCCCUGGUGCAGGCCGUCCACGGAAGCAGCUCUACAUCGUCAGCUUCAAGUGCUCUCGUGUUGAUGUGUUCUACCUGCUCGAUAACACCGGGCUCCACGUCCGCGAGGGUGACUUGGUCAUCGUGGAGGCCGACCGCGGUCAAGAUCUCGGCACCGUUCAGCAUGCCAAAGUCACUCCAGAAGCAGCUCGCCUUCUCAAGAAGAAGUAUUCCGAGGAGCAGUACAAGUGGCUGAUGAUGUACAGCCGUAACAAGGAUGGCGGAUUCAACCCCAACGCUCAGCUCCACGGAGAACAAGGCAACAUGCAACAACUCUUCCCGGACGCGCCGUCGACCAUGCAGGGCACCAUUCCUCGCGAAAAUUUCUCCAACCUCAAGCCAAAAGCCAUCAAGCGCCUUGCCAACGAACACGAGAUCAAGAUGCUGGCCGAGAAAGAGGGGAACGAAGCAAAAGCGAAGCGUACAUGCCAGCAGAAAGUCGCACACCUUCGCCUGCAGAUGGAGAUACUGGACGCGGAGUGGCAGUGGGACUUUCAAAAGCUCAUCUUCUAUUACUACGCCGAUCAUUACAUCAACUUCAAGGAUCUGAUCACUGAGCUCUACCGCAUCUACAAAACUCGCAUCUGGCUGUCUGCCAUCAACCCGGCCUCGUUCUCCCAGCACGCCAUGGGCCAGCCUCCAAGCGGUAUCGGCCCCGGCGCGGUGCCACCAUACAACCCAUACGCCCUCAACAAUGCAUACACCAUGUUGUACGGCGAAGAUAGAGACCCGUACGGCGCUCAAAUGCCAUACCGCAUUCCCUAUGAGACGUACACGCCCAACUACCCUCAGAUCCCUGGUGUUGCCAAUAGCUUCGCCCAGCCACAGUUCGGAGCUGGCGGUCAGGGCUAUCCUUUCGGUGAUCCCGCGUCCAGCCUGCAAAUGGGUGGCGGAUAUGGUCAAGCAGCACACGAAGGCCCUGCAGGAAACAACGUUCGCGUUGGAGGCAUGCCCGCCUACAACUUCUUCGCUGGUCGCGGCGCAGGAGAGCUCGAUCAAGCAUACCCUCCCGGGCGCAGCAUCGGCCAGCCAUUCACGACUCCACAACAUGCCGAUCGCCCAUCUCCCAUGGCAGGCUUCGACUAUGGCAGAUUGAAUCAGACUCCGACCUCGCAUGGCUCGUGGAACUCUGCCGCUCACACCACUCAGAGCCCUCUCGACAGCCAGCGCGCCGCGCAACUCCCUGCUCCAAUCGGAACACGUCGCCCUUCCCACGGCGAUGAUCUGAGCUUUGGCAGCCAGCGCCCACUGGGUGGUCUCCCACAGACUCAGCCGUCGCAUCUGUCGGACCGCUUCGGCCUCGGUCGUCAAGGAAGUAUCAGCGGCCUGGGCAAGAACGCCAACAACCCAGAGGACACACCCCGUCAGCGCGAGUCCAUUUCCGAGGAGUCCGGUUCGCGUGCCAGACCCGUGGAGCGCUUCUUCGGAAGUCUGCCGCAGGGUGAGGGGUUGAUGAAGGAGCGGUAG